GAACGUGUGGUUUGGUCGGCGUUUUUUCAAUAGAACCAUUCUUCCGUCAAACUUAGAAUCCCUUUUUCUGUAUUGUAUAGAUACUUUGAGUCACCUUUUUGAAUUCUCACUUUGCGGUUUUUCAAACAACCAUUUCCCACGUUCGAUAGCUUCAUUUUCAUAGCAAAACAACCCCACAAUAUCUAACAUCAAUGAAAAGGAAACUAAGCAUGUUCUAGUUCUUCACCACGGUUCCUGCUAUAACCAGAGAAUCAAAGUCUUUUUCAACCGGUCAGUGUUGAAUUCGGUUCAUUUCUGAGGUUUAUCUUCUGUUAUUGGAAGUGUUGGGUUAAAAGUUCCUAGCAGAAGAAUAUUCAGCAGAAGAUAUCCAAGGAGGCUGCUUUUACCUGAUGCCAUCAUCAUAGUAUGGACUCAAAGCAGUUUCUUAAUUUCGAUGUGACUAGCUCAGGAGGAAUACCUCGUACAUCAUCUUAUCCUACUGUUUCACCAAUACCAAACCGGCUACUUGGAUCCUUGAAAAUCGACACAGGAAACUCGCCUAUAUCAUCCCUUUCUACUCAAUUUGAUUCUGAUACUCUUUCUGCAUUAAGUGACAGCCAGGAAACCCUUUCCGGUGCCAGCCCUUCUUGUGAUUCCUUGCAAGAAAGUAAUCAUCAUUUCCAUAGGAGCUUCCUUCCACAGAAUGCAUGUUGGGACCAGGAAACCAGACAUAGGCUGUUGGAACUAGAAACUCGUUUGAUGGAACAUGAUGGUGAUGAUGAAGUUACCACAUCAAAGACUCCUUUUGGUGAAAGCAGUAGACCAACAACAUCUGGCCAAAGAAAUAGGCCCUGGAGCCAAGAGGGUCAGGGAUCAGAAUAUACCCAAAGUGAAGUUAAACGAGUCGAGAAACGUCACAAGUCAAUGGAGGUGGAAACAUCAGCACAAGGCUUCCCAACAAGCAAUUUGAAACAAUUGCUGAUUGUAUCUGCCAAAGCCCUUUCAGAAAACAAAAUGAAAGAUUUUGAUCAUCUGAUAGGAAAGGCCAGAAGUUGUGUAUCCAUAAGCGGGGAGCCGAUACAGCGGCUUGGUGCUUAUUUGGUUGAAGGGCUUGUUGCAAGGAAAGAAGCAUCAGGGAAUAACAUCUACCAUGCCCUCAGGUGCAGAGAGCCUGAGGGCAAAGACUUACUCUCUUACAUGCAGUUACUCUAUGAUAUGUGCCCAUACUUAAAAUUUGGUUACAUGGCUGCAAAUGGGGCUAUUGCUGAAGCUUGCAGAAAUGAGGACCAAAUCCACAUCAUAGACUUUCAGAUUUGUCAGGGAACUCAAUGGACGACUCUCCUUCAAGCUCUUGGAGCCAGACCAGGCGGGGCACCGCACGUGCGGAUCACGGGGAUUGAUGAUCCUGUUUCGAGAUAUGCUCGAGGCGAUGGACUAGAGGUGGUUGCGAAAAGGCUAGCCUUAAUCUCAGAGAAAUUCAGUAUCCCAGUUGAGUUCCAUGGUGUGCCUGUUUUCAGUCCGGAUGUGACGAGAGACAUGCUAGAUGUUAGGCCUGGAGAGGCUUUGGCUGUGAACUUUCCUCUUCAACUGCAUCACACUGCUGAUGAGAGUGUUGAUGUGAGUAAUCCAAGGGAUGGACUUUUGAGAAUGGUGAAAUCACUUUCUCCCAAGGUAGUCACAUUGGUAGAGCAGGAAUCAAACACCAACACCACUCCUUUCUUCAACAGGUUUGUGGAAACCUUGGAUUACUACUUGGCAAUGUUUGAGUCCCUUGAUGUGUCUCUCCCAAGAAACAGCAAGGAGAGGAUCAAUGUGGAGCAGCAUUGUCUUGCGCGCGACAUUGUCAACAUCGUCGCUUGUGAAGGGAAGGAGAGGGUGGAGCGGCACGAACUCUUCGGCAAGUGGAAGUCUAGGUUCACAAUGGCUGGCUUCCAUCAAUACCCUUUGAGUUCUUAUGUGAAUUCCGUUAUAAGAAGCCUGCUUAGGUGCUAUUCAGAACACUAUAGUCUUGUGGAGAAGGAUGGGGCCAUGUUGCUGGGAUGGAAAAACAGAAAUUUGAUUUCAGCUUCAGCCUGGCAUUGAUAAUGUUGUACUUGUAUUGUACGUGAGCGCAUAUUGUGGCCAGCCGUUUACCGCUUAGUGCGAGCACCCACGGCGAGGGGAUUAGUCAUUGCUGUCAGCGGUGAUACCCUAACAUGCCCAAAAAAGAUUAGUGUCGGAUGUAAUAGCUAAUAAGUAUAAGUAUAUGAUACAGAACCAAAGAAUAUAGGAUGUGAUAUAUUGAAAUUUAGGAUUAUACACAUGCAUAGAAUAAAAUUCAUCAAACAUGACAAAAUAUGUAAUUGAGAUUUAAAAGAAUUUGUACUUAGAGUAUAGUUGUCAGACUUUAUAAAACAAGUAACUGGUUCCAGUUCGAUGACUUUGAAACGAGCA